CCGGACACCAGCAUGGCUCUGCGGGGCAAAGUGGCGCUGGUGACCGGGGGCGCGCAGGGGAUCGGCCGGGCAGCCGCGGAGAUCCUGCUGGAGAACCAAGCCAAGGUCGCGCUCGUGGACCUAAACCAGUCCGUUGGCGAAGAGUGCAAAAAUGCUUUAGACCAAAAACAUGGUGAAGGCAACUGUAUUUUCAUCCAGUGUGACGUGACGGACCGAGGAAGACUGCAAGAAGCCUUUCAAAGCACAGUCGAGCAGUUCGGAAGAUUGGAUAUUGUCAUCAACAAUGCUGGAAUCAACAAUGAGAAAAACUGGGAGAAGACCAUAGAAGUAAACCUGACGUCAGUCAUAAAGGGUACAUAUUUAGCCCUGGACCACAUGAGUAAAGAAUAUGGCAAGGAGGGAGGAGUCAUCAUCAACGUUUCAUCAAUGGCAGCAUUCCUGCAUUCCCCUCAUCAACCGGUGUAUACAGCCACUAAACACGGCGUGAUCGGCUUCUCCAGAGCAAUGGCAGACGCGUCAGAGCAGGGUGAUUAUGGGGUGAGGAUCAACGCCCUGUGCCCGGCCUUCGUGGACACACAGCUGCUUCACACUGUCGAAAACGAGGAGACCAUGGGCAAGUUUGUCAAGUUCAAAGACGAUUUCAAGCAGAGUAUGGACAAAUUUGGGGUGCUUAAGCCGUCUCUGAUCGCAGAGGGAAUGAUGCGCAUUAUAACUGAUGAGACUCUGAACGGUGCCGUGAUGAAGAUCACAUGUUCCAAAGGCAUUCACUUCCAUACCUAUGAGCCACUCUCUGCCUGAAGCAGCACCUCAGCCGAACAUCAGCAGCUCCAGCUCAGGGCCUUCAUUCACCAACAUUAGGAGUGCUGAUCAGAGCCUGAUUAAACCCCUGCUUAAACUGGGCUUAGCCAAACAGCAAAUGCACAUUAGUAUUUUAGUAUUUUAUCUACUCUGACACACCCACUUCAAUUCAGGAAAGUCUUGUUAAUGACCAGAUUAGUUUGGAUUAGGUGUAUUAGAGAAGGGAAAACACUAAGAGAUUAAGCCUUGUCCUGAAAUGCUGUGUAGUCCGGGACUAGGCUUAAUCCCUGUCCAGGAAACCAAGCCUAAAAACUGCAGGGCAUGGGUACAAGAAUCCCUGCCCUAUAACUGUUUAUGAACUGCAGAAAUGCAGGGUUAUUCACAGAAACAGUGUUUUAGCUUGCUGUGUGACUUACAUUUUUCAACCUCAUCUCUAUCUGCUAAAUCUGUAGAUUAGUAUUUAGGAAAGAAUAAAGUAUCUUAAUUUAAAAAUACCUUUCACUUAAAGAAUUCAUGAAAAUGUUUUACAGGUAAUAAUAAACAUAAUCAUUCUCAUGAAAUCUUGAACAGUAUUCAUUAUAAGAUCUUAAACAACAGCCAUGGGAUUCAAUUAACUCUGUCACUUAACCCUAUCAAAUAUCGCAUUGGCAAUAACUUUAGAAACUUCAGUAAUGGAUCCUUUAAAUUGUUUAAAUCUGGCUCUAGAGGAGUUACAGUGCGAGCAUGUUCACAUUGGUUAUAGUAAAAUGGAUCAACAAGCGGAUUUGGAGCUUUUUGUGAAAUAUUGUGUUUCCUAUCACUGUAAAAAAAAUAUGCAUAAAGCUUCUAUUACAGUUGAAUGCACUGUGAUUUGUUUCCAAAUGAAUAAACAAGCACAUUCAGAGUGA